GCCUUAUGCGGAGCCUUAUUUCAAACACCUUUCCUUUGAUUACCGGUUUGCGUUUCGUAUUUCAGCUGAGUCUCCUUUCAGAAAAAGAUCGCCGUCGCCAUGUCAAAGAAACGAGGUCUUUCAUUGGAAGAAAAGAGGGAGAAAAUGCUCCAGAUAUUUUAUGAAUCCCAAGACUUCUUCCUUCUGAAGGAGCUUGAAAAACUGGGUCCCAAGAAAGGUGUGAUUACCCAAUCUGUCAAAGAUGUUGUCCAAAGUCUGGUGGAUGAUGACCUUGUUUCAAAGGACAAAAUUGGAACAUCCGUAUACUUUUGGAGCCUUCCUAGCUGUGCUGGAAAUCAGUUGAGGAAUGUGCGACGGAAACUGGAGUCAGAUCUCCAAAGCAGUAAGAAGAGGUUCACAGAACUUGUUGAUCAGUGUAACGAAUUAAAGAAGGGGCGCGAAGAAUCUGAUGAAAGAGAGGAGGCCUUGGCUGAAUUAAAAGCCAUUGAAUUGAAGUAUAAUGAGCUUAAGGAGGAGAUGGGACAGUAUGCGGACAAUGAUCCGGCUGCAUUUGAAGCAAUGAAGAAAGCAAUUGAAGUUGCUCAUGGAGCAGCUAAUAGAUGGACAGACAACAUCUUCACUCUGCGGCAGUGGUGCUCAAACAACUUUCCUGAAGCCAAAGAGCAGCUAGAACACAUGUACAAGGAGGUAGGAAUUACAGAUGAUUUUGAUUAUGUGGAGUUGUCACCAGCCAUUCCACUCCGUGCAGUUGGUGAUCAGAUGCUAGAAAGACAAUUCUCAAAUGGCAUCAUGUAGACCAUCUUUCUCCUAACUGGACCCCCUGUCUGCAAUAUCAUCUUUUCCCCCAACAUUAACAACUGCUGUCUUGAUCAAACCAUAAUAGUGGCCAAGAUGACAAUGGGUUCAUCUAAGGCUUAAUUGAACUAAACAUGACCCCCAAGACCUAGUUGGUCAUAAAAAUAGUGUAUGACUUGUUUAAUUCCGAGUUUGACUUGGGUAGGAACAAGAAAUUUCCUUUUCUCGUGAUUUGCUCGAUCUAGAUUCAAUUGCUUCUAAGCUUUCAGAGUGUGUUCCCUAACAAUUUGCACUUGAUUUAUA